GCAACGGAAGAACAGAGCAAUGGACCUGUCGCCCCUUUCCUAGAUUCCUUCUCCUAUAAAUCAUCCGCCAGUUAUCCAGCUCAGAAUCUGUACCUUUCCUCGCCUUCUGCUCGCUCCCCUUUCUAUCCGUCCGCCCUCGCGCCCAUCGAUGGCCGCGCACGAUGACAUCGAAUCCACCCUCCUCGGCCAUCCUGCGCCCCCCCGGACCACCUCCGGCCGGCGGAUCGCCGCCGUCGUCGCAGCUCUCCUCGCCGUUGGGCUACUUCUCGUCGUGGUCGUCGACGAAUUCGUGGGGGAUCGGGUGCAGGUGAGCUUCGAGGGAAGACGGCAUCGGUUGGGGAGCACGGACGGGCCGGAGUUGGUGGAAUCGGAAGUGGGUGUGGUGGCGGCGGACGACGGGAGGUGCUCGGAAAUCGGGGUGGGGGCGCUGAGGGCCGGGGGGCACGCGGUGGACGCGGCAGUGGCGACAGCGCUGUGCCUGGGGGUAGUGCACCCGGUGUCGAGUGGCCUUGGCGGCGGGGCCUUCAUGAUCGUGCGAUCGUCGGACUCCGGCAAGGCCGAGGCCUUCGAUUCCCGGGAGACCGCUCCCUCCGCUGCGUCGAAGAACAUGUAUGAGAAGAACCCAUCAUUUAAGGAAAAGGGUGCGCUCUCGAUGGGAAUCCCUGGAGAACUUGCCGGCCUCCAUGCGGCUUGGCUGAAAUAUGGGAGGCUUCCGUGGAAGGCUCUCUUCCAACCUUCUAUUGAACUUGCAAGAGAGGGUUUUGAGGUGGUACCUUUUCUAGCACAUGCCAUUGAGUCGUCCAAGGAUGACAUAUUGGCGGACCCUGGCUUGCGAGGAGUGUUGGCGCCUGACGGGAAGCUGCUGCAGACCAACGAUACUUGCUACAAUCCUGCACUCGCCCAUACGUUGGAGGUGCUAUCCACCGAAGGACCACAAGCAUUCUACAAUGGAAGCAUUGGAGAGAAAUUCGUGGAGGAUGUGAGGAAUGCUGGCGGUGUUGCAACAAUGGAGGAUAUGAGGAAUUAUAGAAUUGAGCUAAAGGAGGCAAUGGCAGCAAAUGUUAUGGGUUACACGAUCCUUGGUAUGCACCCACCGUCCAGUGGAACUGUGGGAAUGUCCCUGGUUCUGAACAUUCUGGAUAGCUACAAGUCAAUGAAAGCUGUGAAAGGCUUGCUUGGACUCCAUCAUCUCAUUGAAGCAAUGAAGCACAUGUUUGCCAUGCGGAUGAAUCUUGGGGACCCUGAUUUUGUUAAUAUUACCCAAUAUGUUUCUGACAUGUUGUCGCCCUCCUUCGCUGAGAAACUUCAGCAAAAGAUACUCGACAAUACAACAUUUAAUCCAGGCUACUAUAUGGCAAGAUGGAGUCAGCUACGGGACCAUGGAACCAGUCAUUUCUGCAUUGUGGAUGCUGAGCGUAAUGCGGUUGCUAUGACAAGUACUGUUAAUUGGUACUUUGGAGCAGGGGUGCUCUCACCAUCAACAGGAAUUGUGUUGAAUAAUGAGAUGGCUGAUUUCUCUACACCAACAGAAUCAACUCCUGAUCAUCUUCCGCCAGCACCAGCAAACUUCAUCGAGCCAGGCAAGAGACCAUUGUCUUCCAUGACACCUAUCAUUGUCCUCAAGGACAAUCAGCUUGCAGGAGUUGUAGGGGCUAGCGGUGGAAUGAAAAUAAUUCCAGCAGUCAUUGAAGUCUUCAUGAACCAUUUUAUUUUGGGAAUGGAACCUCUGGCAGCCGUUCAACAUCCAAGGGUCUACCAUGAGCUGAUACCAAAUGUGGUGCUUUAUGAGAACUGGACAGCGAUCGAUGGAGAGGUUAUAGAGUUCAAGGAGGCGGCAAAGGUGUUCUUGGAGCAGAGAGGUCAUCACCUUCGAAGUGUUUCAGGAGGGGCAGUGUGCCAACUUGUGGUACAUGACCUCCAGAAAUCAGUUCUUAAACAAAUAGGGAGUAAGAAGGUGGAAAUAAAUGAUGUUGGUGUCUUCCACGGCAUGCUUACUGCAGUCAGUGACCCAAGGAAAGAUGGAAGGCCUGCAGGACUGUAGCUCCGAGGACAAUUCUCAGAAAACCAUUUUCCCCACACAAUAUAUUGUGUUGCCUUUCCCUUGUCAGAUUAUUUACAUUAUUCAUGAAAUUGUAACAAAUGAAGCAUGCAUGCUUUUAUCAUUGUGCAUACGUUAGUUAUGUUAAUAGCAAAGUGAUUGAAGGUUUCGAUACCUAUUUGUCAG